GAUCCUAGGGGUGUCAGUCAUGCUCUGCACAACUCUCCGCAAGCAUUAGUUUCCUACACCGUGCCUAGAACAACCAGCCCUCGCAGUUGUAAACAUGUCGGCUCUGAGGUCUGCCUCCGCUCGUUCCCAAUCCUCCCAAACGAAGACCGUUCCCGCCCGUGCUCCGCCACCUUCCAAUUCCUCUGUGGAGGAUCACUUUUUCUGGACGUAUACGGAAGAACCACAUAAGUCGAGGCGCCAGGCGAUCAUUAAAGCGCACCCAGAGGUUCUCAAAUUAUGUGGCCCUGAGCCGCUCACGAAAUACGUCGUCCUAGGCGUCAUCUCACUUCAGGUUGCCUGCGCAACCUUCCUACGUAAUACGCCGAUACUCUCAUGGCGUUUCCUCCUGACGGCGUACCUUAUCGGGGCCACUGCGAAUCAGAACCUGUUUCUCGCUAUCCAUGAGAUAUCGCAUAAUUUGGCAUUUAAGUCCCCAUUGGGAAAUAGAUUGUUGGCUAUCUUUGCGAAUUUUCCAAUUGGAUUGCCAUAUAGUGCUGCAUUUAGGCCAUAUCAUUUAACCCAUCAUAAGUCCCUCGGUGUUGCAUCCCUCGAUGCAGAUCUUCCGACAGCCCUGGAGGCAGUGUUCCUUGAUUCAAUCCUAGGAAAAGCGUUCUUUUGCACGUUUCAGAUCCUCUUCUACGCAGUCCGUCCCAUGUUCAUCUAUACACCUACAUUCACACCCAUACACUUGCUGAACAUCAUCGCGCAAUUUACAUUCGAUUUUGCUCUCUACAAAUUCUGCGGCUCGUCCAUGCAGCCAAUCUAUUAUCUUCUCCUUAGUUCGUUCCUUGCAGGCUCCUUGCACCCCUGUGCUGGUCACUUUAUCGCGGAGCAUUACUUCUUUUCCAAUACAACCGGCGGAACUGAGUCCAUCGAAGAACAACGGGCGAUGAAGUCGGGGAAGAAAGGUACCACCACUUCCUCUUCCUCAUCCCCAUUGGACUCGCUGUCUCCACCCGAAACAUACUCCUACUACGGACCCCUUAAUAUCUUAACCUAUAACGUCGGCUUGCACAACGAGCAUCACGAUUUUCCAGCUAUCCCUUGGACUCGGUUACAUACUCUCCACAAAAUCGCAAAGGAGUUCUAUGAACCGCUACCAUGCCAUCGAAGCUGGGUGUGGGUUAUUUGGACGUUUAUCUUCGAUAAGAACGUGGGCAUGUGGUGCCGAGUGAAAAGGACCGAAGGAGGUAGAAUGGUCGGCGGGAGUGGUUGGAAGGAGAGCGAACUCCAAAACUGAAUUUGUUUUGGAGAAGAAAAGUCUAUACGCCUUCUCUUCUUCUCUACAACCAUCUCUUAUCUACAGUUUCUUUUCUUUUUCCUUCUUGCUUUAUAAAAUCUAUCCAAAUAUGUCCUCGAUCUCUUCAUAUGGCAUUCUCGGAGUUUGCUUGAUACUUUAAUACUUAAUAUCUGUUUUAUAAUGUUCCCCUCUCAUAUAUCAGGGCUGGAUUUCUGGCUACUCUUAUUUGUCACAAUACAUUUUGACCCUCCGUCUGGGGAGUAUGAUCCCACCCAGACAGAUUAAGAUAUCAUGUCUUGGCUUGCUUAUAUCUGGGUUCUCAACUACAGUUUCCUUUAUUAGUGCAUACAUACUUGUUCGCAGCCAUUUAUAUGUACGGUCCUUAGCUGUACGCGUGUCUCCUUCGGUCUUGUUUGAACUCGGAGUUAUUUAAAUGAUUGGGUCAAUUAUCUACCUGCUUUCCGAUGUGUAAAUACCUAACAUAUAAUAAUAUGAGAUAGUGAGGAUAG